GGAGUGGGUGCCCGGCGCGCGGAGCGGCGAGCGCAGCCAUGCCCCAGGCCGCCUCCGGGGCAGCAGCAGCGGCGGCCGGGGCCGGGGCGCGGGCCGGGGGCGCCGGGGGGCCGGCGGCGGCCCGGGCGGGACGAUGAAGCGGCAGAACGUGCGCACGCUGGCGCUCAUCGUGUGCACCUUCACCUACCUGCUGGUGGGCGCCGCGGUCUUCGACGCGCUCGAGUCGGAGCCGGAGAUGAUCGAGCGGCAGCGGCUGGAGCUGCGGCAGCAGGAGCUGCGAGCGCGCUACAACCUCAGCCAGGGCGGCUACGAGGAGCUCGAGCGCGUAGUGCUGCGCCUCAAGCCGCACAAGGCCGGCGUGCAGUGGCGCUUCGCCGGCUCCUUCUACUUCGCCAUCACCGUCAUCACCACCAUCGGCUACGGCCACGCGGCACCCAGCACCGAUGGCGGCAAGGUGUUCUGCAUGUUCUACGCGCUGCUGGGCAUCCCGCUCACGCUGGUCAUGUUCCAGAGCCUGGGCGAGCGCAUCAACACCUUCGUGAAGUACCUGCUGCACCGGGCCAAGAGGGGGCUGGGCAUGCGGCGCGCCGACGUGUCCAUGGCCAACAUGGUGCUCAUCGGCUUCUUCUCGUGCAUCAGCACGCUGUGCAUCGGCGCCGCUGCCUUCUCCUACUACGAGCACUGGACCUUCUUCCAGGCCUACUACUACUGUUUCAUUACGCUCACCACCAUCGGCUUCGGCGACUACGUGGCGCUGCAGAAGGACCAGGCGCUGCAGACGCAGCCUCAGUACGUGGCCUUCAGUUUCGUCUACAUCCUCACGGGCCUCACGGUCAUCGGCGCCUUCCUCAACCUCGUGGUGCUGCGCUUCAUGACCAUGAACGCGGAGGACGAGAAGCGCGACGCCGAGCACCGCGCGCUGCUCACGCGCAACGGGCAGGCGGGCGGCGGGGGCGGCGCGGGCGGCGCGGGCGGCGGGGGCGGCAGCGCGCACACCACCGACACCGCCUCGUCCACCGCGGCGGGCGGCGGCGGCGGCUUCCGGAACGUCUACGCCGAAGUGCUGCACUUCCAGUCCAUGUGCUCGUGCCUCUGGUACAAGAGCCGCGAGAAGCUGCAGUACUCCAUCCCCAUGAUCAUCCCCCGGGACCUCUCCACGUCCGACACGUGCGUAGAGCAGAGCCACUCAUCGCCAGGAGGGGGCGGCCGCUACAGCGACACGCCCUCGCACCGCUGUCUCUGCAGCGGGGCGCAGCGCUCCGCCAUCAGCUCCGUGUCCACGGGCCUACACAGCCUGUCCACUUUCCGCAGCCUCAUGAAGCGCAGGAGCUCCGUGUGAACGCCCCCCUCCGGGGCCUGGAGCACGUAGGAGCACGGGCGGGGUGGGGCGGGGUGGGGGGGAGGGGGCUUCUGCCCCAGGAGCAGCAGGGGUCUGCGAAGAGGCUGCCCCAGCCGCCUUCGGCCCCGUGGGGGCGCCCCU